AAAGAAAGCCUCCUGCAACUUGAGCCCUUGAAACUUCCUUGCGGUCGCUGGCCGCUGGUCGGUUUCAACAUCACAACUCGUUGCAUUCGUGGUUGGUGUGCUUAAUACGCCUUCAUCCAGGUACACACGUCCAUUACUGAAGAAUACUCCCAGCGCACGUGUCUAGUCGCCCUUCGACCGUCGAUGGAACAAGCACGCUUAUGAACAACAUGGCAAUCCGUCGAUGCGGUAUCUGGACUGCUCAGCAUGGACGGGCCUACAGGAGCAGCAACCCGUGAGAGCGACCAUUUAGACACUUCCCGGGAGCCUCUGAUUCCCCUCGAUCUCCAGCGUCUGCCCGGUUCACGCAUUCCCCAGUCUACUCGGCCGGAAGAGUCAGCUAAAGAUGACACGAAGUCAAUCAAGGGAUAUCCUCUCCCAGUUGUCCCGAACGGGACCUCGCCCGCAGAAGCAAGACCAGGCCUACAAGAAGCGGAGGUAGUUCGCCCGUCUUACAAUGGUCCAAAUGAUCGAGAUGGUGUCGACAGGAAUACCAGGCCACGGGCGAUGGUUGACAACGAGUCAGCAGUUGGUUCGCACCACCGACUAGACACGGUACUGAAAAAUAACACCGCAAUCCAAAACGGCACUUUGAACGGCCAAUCUCUAACACCUUCUCCCUCGGGAGAGGCUACCCCAGUGGAUGAGAGUUUCAUACAGGAACCUGGAAAAGUUCCCAGACUAUCUGCCGAUGAAUUGCAAGAGCUCAUGUCAUCUCCCGCAUCGCUCGCGAUUCGGCCUUUGGAGAAAACUCGCUCACAACGCUCUAUCAGUGACUCUAUCAAGGCCACUGUUGCUGGUUCACUUGAUGGACGGGCAACCGGGCCGGUCAGCGGAGAUGCGUUCGCCUCUAGAUCACCAAAGGACGCAGCCGAGCCAGGAAAGGCUCAGGAUGGGGAAAAGCAACGGCCUCGCAACCUUACCAUAGAGGUUUCUGAGCAUAACAUGCGGCCCUUGGUCAGCCCCAGGGUGAGACCUGGAGUCCCUCAGCGAGCUCUUUCGACUCCCACUUCACUCAAAAGCCCCAUGUCUCCGGCGAGGCCAGACCGCGUGCGCCCAAGUCUCAAGGUUCCGGAUCCUCUGCGCAAGGACAACGUUGACGGCCGAAGAUAUUCCUCCUCUGGGCGACCUCUUCCUUCACCAAUGCCCCCUUCCAUUCCGCUCCCUCCUAUGUCACUUCCGACCUAUUUACAACUGGAGCUCUCGUCGCAGCGGCCUUCGCCGCUCUAUGUACACCGGUCUUCGUACAGCGAGUUCCCGUACGAGUCUUCAAGCGCCAAAAUCGAAAGGUUGGUCAAUUUUCUGUUGCUUCCACCUCAUCUGGAGAGUGUGCUAUGGUUUGGAAUGCUUACGUGCCUCGAUUCCUGGCUCUACACGUUUACGAUAUUGCCUCUUAGGCUUAUGAAGUCCUUCUACCUCCUAGCCAAGUCAUGGGUCAUCAAUGGCAUCAAGGAAAUGCGAUUUGUGUCCACCUUUGUCUAUAAUGGUGCAGGACGAAUGUGGGAACGACGCCGCCGUAGGAGCAGCGUCCAGAGAGACUCUUCGGGAACAAGUUCGAAUCAGGUCCCUGAAGAAUCACAAGGACAAAACGCGCCAGCCCGCAGUCGCAAACAAGGCAAAUACCAUCAGAGGUCGAAGUCGAUCCCAUCAACGUUGCUACCGGAUGACAAGGCGGACAUACUCAAGGGACUCCUUAUCAUAUCCACAUGCCUCAUCCUCCUCAAGCUGGACGCCAGCCGGAUGUACCACUGGAUUCGAGGGCAAGCGGCAAUCAAGUUGUAUGUCAUCUAUAACCUCCUUGAAGUAUGCGAUCGCCUUCUCUCAGCCAUAGGCCAGGAUGUGCUGGAGUGUUUGUUCUCCAGAGAGGCACUUGAGCGCAAGCCCGAUGGCCAUAGCAAAGUUCUGCGGCCAUUCUGGUUGUUCAUCCUUGCACUCAUUUAUACGGUUGCCCAUUCCACGGCCUUGUUCUACCAGGUAAUCACGCUUAACGUGGCCGUCAAUUCCUACUCAAACGCCCUUAUCACGUUGCUGCUAUCGAACCAAUUCGUGGAGAUCAAAUCCACCGUCUUCAAGAAGUUUGAAAAGGAAAACCUGUUUCAACUGACCUGCGCCGACAUUGUGGAACGGUUCCAGCUCUGGCAUAUGCUGAUCAUAAUUGCCUCGCGCAACAUAGUGGAAACGGGAGGGUUGAGCGCCGGGUUGAACGCCCUGACAGGCUCUUCGUCAUUGAGCACGGCAGCUACAUUGGUCAGCAACAGCAGUGUUCCUCUUACGAGCGCCUUGCCACCGAAGUCGUCGAGUUCAAUUCUUCCGCGCUCGUUCACACUUGUGCCUGCGGUGGUAAAUUCGAUAGCGUCGUUUGCGCCAGCGGCCAGUCAGGUGCUGGGUCCCUUUCUCGCGGUUCUCGGUUCUGAGAUGCUAGUGGACUGGAUCAAGCACGCCUAUAUCAACAAGUUCAACAACACCCGUCCAGCGAUCUAUGAUCGGUUUCUGGACGUUCUAGCUAAGGAUUAUUACACAAACGCAUUUGGCGACCAAAAUUUGACCAAACGACUGGGGCUACCGGUCAUCCCCUUGAGUUGUCUGCUUAUCAGGGCCAGCGUCCAGACUUAUCAGAUGUUCAAGGCAGCAUGGGUACCGUCUACGUCGCCAACCUCCUUCAACAGCCUUGCCAGCAUUCAUGAACAUUACUCGAUGGCGCGGUCGAAUAUGCCAGUGACUACCGGGGCAGCAAUCUCUAGGACAGUCGAUGAUAUCAUCAAAGCAAUACCCGCCGUCAUUACGAGAUCGCGCAUUGUGACGCACUUAACGACUGUGCUGGUGUGUUUGUUGAUCUUUUUGAUCCUCCUGGCCUGUAAGCUCGUCCUAGGGAUGAUGCUUCUGGCAUUUUCGCGGUAUCGGUACCACUCGAUGAAGUUACGUGAGAAAGAUCCAAACCAUCGGGUGGAAGGAGGGCGACGCGUUGGCGGUUGGGGGGUCGUUGAAGUCGACGAAGACAAACAACGGUGGAUCUAUGAAGAUGACCCGGCUGGAUUGCGAUCCCUCCGCGAAAGAGAGGAGCGAGAGAAAGCGAAGCAGCAGCAGAAAAACAAGGAGAAAGGAGAAGCGGCUGAUGGCCUCGACAAAGUCAAACGAUACGACAUGGUCGCGAAGCGGAUAUGGUGACCAGGACGCGACGGGUUUGCAAAGCAUGUAUGCACUACUGGACCGGAAGCGAAGCGUGCCCAAGCCGUACCGCGAUCCAGGUAUUCACUCGAGAGAAGCCAAUGGUGUUGUCUACUCCGAUCGGCAACAGCAGCAUUUCAGAUUGAGGCGGCGUCAUGAUCGCGAACCGAUUUGUCGCUUGGGACUUCCGGUUCGCAAACUGUGAUUGCGACUGCCGCUGUCAGGGCCCUCGAGGCUUGUCCUUCGGAAGGUUGGAAAGUAUGACAGCCUGUCAAGCCAUAGGUGGCGUUUUUCGGCUACCAAGACCAGCCGCGCAGUAUUAUUAUUGCCUAUACCUGUAACUACUAUAUUGCUUUUAUAGCCGUUCUGUUUCCACCUCAGACGAAUGAGAUAACAAUGUCCGGGAUGGGUGAAACAGGGGAGCGGCACGGGAAGGAAUUAACGCCAGGGCCGUUGACCGUAUUCUCAUAGAUUCUUCCCGCGAAGUUUACGGCCCAGUAGGUUUUCUUUCGGCUGGCUGGAUGUAAGGGCGUCGCUUGGUGAUUUCGGAAUGACAAGGUUUCUCGGCACAACACCCAUCUCAAAGGGCCAACUGGCCGGAAUGGUGGAUAUUAGGUUUUUAUUAUUCAUGUUUGACCGUCGUGCUGUAGUAGUAGAAGAUUGUUUGUUUGAUACUACUGUAAACUGUACGGUUGUGGAGAGCGACCUGUCAGGAUUGACCUGGCUGUUUUGUUUUUAUUCCACCAGGACAUGCACACGGCAUUGGCAGGGCAGCUUCAAGUUACAGCGGAUGUCCCUGUUGUAAAUGUGAAGCGCCCGCUGCAAGCCCGGACCAGCCACUAGCAAUUGAUAACACGAGUCUCCGACCACGAUAUAUAAUCUCCAUCCGAGGCCGUUGUUGGUUCCCCGAAUGCGCGGUCCGGUGGCGUCCUUGACGUCGACCGGGCUGUUUCAGGAUAUCAAGGAUUGAGAUUUUGUUAUUGCUGCGCGGGCACUUCAGUGGGGAGCAGGCGGUCACAGUAAUAAUAAUGCACUCUAUAUUGUACUAGUAGUAGUAUCAGGUCAUAAUUGCGCUCUUUGGGCCAGGACCAAUAUUGCAGUGGCAACAGUAUGUGCGGUGUAUAUGCAGACUUGAACAAAACGGUUCUUUUGUAUAUAUGUC